GCUUCCCUGGCUGGACGUCUCGACGAUGGACAGGGAUCUCAGUGACGGUGACAGUGUGAUGGACCUCAGCUUCGAGGCCGAGAGUCCUCUGGCGCCCCCGGCUGAACUCCUGGAGAGGCUGCCCAGCUGUGACUGCCUUCUUCAAGGGGACAGAUGCUGCCGGUCUUGGAACCCAGGAUGCCAGAUAUUCUUCCCACCUUCGGAGGCCCCGGGGAGGCCCCGGGAACAAAGGUGCUGGUCUUCGUUUCUGGAGCACAGAGUCCCUGUGGUGACAGAGGAGGUGGCCCGGGAAGCCCUCCUCAGCUUCGUGGACUCCAAGUGCUGCUACGGCAGUGCGGCCGCCGGUGACCUCGUCAUCCUGGAGCUGAAGCAGCAGGUCCUGCGCAGGUAUCGACUAGAAACCUUCAGUGAAUCCAGGAUAAGUGAAUGGACUUUUCAGCCCUUUACCAACCACUCCGUGGAUGGGCCACAAAGAGGGACCUCCCCCAGGCUUUGGGACAUCAAGGUCCAGGUUCCCCCGAUGUUUCAGGAAGAUACCAGGAAGUUCCAAGUCCCUCACUCAUCGUUGGUCAAGGCCCUUGGGAAGCCUAGUCACAAAUGGUCGUCUUCCCACCACGGCCUGAAUUGUUAUACCUCGACGUGGGAUGCUGACAUCAUGGGGGUGGGGUUGGUGAAAUCAGGAGCUGCUGGUACUUGGAAAACCAGACCAAGGAGAGCGUUCACUCUCAGGAAUGCCACAAAUGCCACGGGCACGGGCGCUACAAGUGUAGCAGCUGCCAUGGGGCCGGCACGGUGCGGUGCCCCUCAUGCAGCCGGGCCAAGCGCAGAGCCAGGCCCGCCCGGCGGUGUCAGAUGUGCUCGGGGUCCGGCAGGCAGAGAUGCAGCACAUGCUCAGGGAGGGGGAACAAGACCUGUGCCACCUGCAAGGGCGAGAAGAAACUGCUGCACUUCCUCCAGCUGGUCAUCGUGUGGAAGAACAGCCUGUUUGAGUUUGUGUCUGAGCACCAGCUGGCCUGCCCUGGGGACCUGCUUGCUAAAGCCAGAGGAGAGACGCUCUUUAAGGAUGAAAACACGAUGGUGUACCCCAUCGUGGACUUCCCCCUGCGGGAAAUCUCUCUGGCCUCCCAGCGGGGUAUCGCCGAGCACAGCGCUGCGCUGGCCUCCCGAGCCCGCGUCCUGCAGCAGCGCCAGACCAUUGAACUGGUCCCCCUCACGGAAGUUCGUUACUGGUACCAAGGAAAGACAUACGUCUACUACAUCUACGGCACCGACCACAAAGUGUACGUGGUGGAUUACCCCGAGAGGUACUGCUGUGGCUGCACCAUCAUCUGACGUCGCACAUCUGCCCCCAGAGCCCGCCACUCACGUUUGCCCAGGAGAUUGGCCGAGGUCUCUGAGUUGACUCACUGUUGGCUCCUCUGGACAAUUGCAUGCAAACCCGGGUGUGUCCUUCCAGAGAAUUCAGCUCCUCUGUCAAGCUACAAGUCCUUCUGGAGCCCGUCUGGCGGAAUCUAUCACGUGUCUAAGCUACAAGAAUUCAUCUACACACAUUGCUUUAGGAGAAAUAACUUAAGCAGUGGGGGCUUUGCCUCUGGCCUGUGAACUAAAGCCCUGAUUGAGCGUGGGGUUGAUUUUACUUUUCCCUCGGUCAGUCUCAGUUCUGGUGUGUCUCUGCUAGUCUGGGCCUUUUGUGGAGCUGAGUGAUUCUGAAAUGUUGAAAGAUAGACAGAAAUUAGCUGCCUCUUAUGCACACCAAAUAGUGCACUUAGGCAAAAAUGUACACCAUUUUACUCCUCAUUCUGUGGGUCAGGAAUUCAGACAUAGCCAUGGUGGGAUGGCUUAUCUCUGUUCCAUGACGUCUGGUGCCUCACCUGGAAGUAUCAAAGGCUGGGGUGGCUCAAGGGCAGGGGCGCUGAAGGCUGGUUCACCCAGAUGCCUGGUGGUCGAUGGCGGCUUUCGGCUGGAACACCUACAUGGGGCCUCCCCAUGCGGCGUGGGCUUCCUCACAGCAUGGCGGCUCUCAGGGUAAGCACCCCACACGUGUGCCCCAAUUAAAGAGACAGAGAUCUGUUCCCAGACUGGAGAACAAACCCGCUGUGUUGGAUAGACCAAGGGUCUGUAUGCUAAUCUCUAACGUGGUGCCUGUGCAUGGGUAAAUUUUAGAGAGUGCUUUUGGGUAUAUGCAGGUUCUUACAUCACGUGCUGACCUUAGAACCUGCGCACCGAGUAGAAGGUGACCUGGAUGUCCUGUGUACCCAGUCCCAGGCAGGAACUCCCACCUGGUGCAGUGAGGCUGGGUGGGUGGAGGGGACACCCUGCACACUGAAUGCCCGGUUGGCUUUGGAGGGGUGGUUCGGGGGCUGCGUGAGCCACCGUGUACCUGAUUGUGAGUAACCGGAUGUCCCUGUCAUCUUACAAUGCCUGCCCCCACCCGGAAGGGGAGUGCUGCACCCCAGGAGGGCCAGUCCGUACCCUCUUGAUCCCCAAGCUGCUGCUGGCCUGCAGCCCUCGUCCCCCAUAGGGUAGAAGCACGUGGACAUAAGAGGCCUGGUUGGGGGAGGCUCAGGUGGGGGAGGGGUGGUCUGAGGCCAUUCCCCUGGGGCCUCGUACAAAUGGAGGGGACGGUUUUUGGCUGUUGCCAUCAUUGGUGGACGGAGCCCAGGAAAGCGGGGCAUCCAGCAGUGCUCGGGGACGUCAGCACAGUGGAGUGGCAUUCCACGUGUUACGUGGCUAGCAGAUACCCCGCGGACACUCACGGAGGAAUUACUUCUACAAGGUCUCAUCGGUUAUUACUGAAUGCAGUGCGGAUUUUUAUGUGGUGUUCGCCUCUGUUUGAUUUUCUGGUGUGUCUUGUUUGGAACGGCUUCUGAUCCUCCCCCUUCUCUCACGUACAAACGUGGAACUCUGGCGCCUUUGUUGGGGUUCCGCGGGCCGCCGUGCUUGAGCCUCACAGAUUGAACUACAUGUAUUAAAACACUGCUUUCUUCUUA